AUGAUUUCUAAUUUGACUAACAUUAUUCGUAGUUUAUUUGACUCCGUUAUUUUAAACGCGAUUAUAAUUUGUGUCAUUUGUUUUUAUUAUUAUUCGACGUAUUCGCACAAGUGGCGGAAAUUUAACGUACCACACAGCCGACCCGUGCCUUUGUUCGGGAAUACGUUCAAGAUGAACAUGGGUUUAGAACAUCAAGUAGACACGUUCGACAGAAUUUACAACCAGUUUUCCAACGAGAAAUUUUGCGGUUUUUAUCAAAUGAUGACGCCGUACUUGAUGAUCCGCGAUCCCGAAUUGAUCAACAGGAUAAUGGUCCAAGACUUCUCGUAUUUCAACGAUCACGGCUUAGAAGCGGACCCGGCUAUUAAUUUAUUGGCAAACAGUUUGUUCUUUUUAUCGGGUCAAAAAUGGAAAACAAUGAGACAAAAGCUGAAUACGGGAUUCACGCCCGCUAAACUCAGAAAGACCCACGAUCUGAUUAACGAAUGCAGCGAACAAUUAAUGGUCUAUAUUGACGAGAAAUUAAAGCAAAACGAUAUUAUUGAAAUGAAACAGAUCGCGGGGAAAUUUUCCACCGAUGCUAUAGGGACGUGUGCUUUUGGAUUAAAGUUGGACGCUAUUAAAAAUGACAAUUCGGAAUUUCGAAUACACACAAAGAUAUUAUUUCAACCUAGUAUUCGAAAAUAUUUUAUCCAAUUGCUUGUGAUGUUCUGCCCGAAGUUGGUGAAGAUUUUAAAAUUGCAACUUUAUCCACGAGAAACUACACAUUUUUUCAACUCUGUGUUCAGUGACGUUAUCAAGUAUAGAAAUAAAAACAAUGUGUUUCGAAAUGAUUUAACACAAACCCUGAUAGAGGCAAGAAAGGAAUUGGUAUUAAACAACGACUUGAUCGACGAUAGUAAGUCAUACUAUGUAAAACACACAUCGUAGCAGUAUAAAACGGAUAAACUUGUUAAAAAUAUAAUUUGUCUAUAUUUUACGAAAAUUAAACAAUUUGGAUUUAAUUUACUCUUGCAGAUAAAUUCACUGAAUUGGACAUCAUUGGCAAUGCAGUCCUUAUGUUUUCUUCCGGUUCUGGAACUGUAGCUUCUACGUUAGCAUUCUGUUUCUACGAACUGGCGUUAAAUAAAGACGUCCAAGACAAAUUACGCAAAGAAAUAAUUAUUACAAAAGAAAAACACAAUGGUCAAAUUAACAAUGAUUUUUUAACAGACCUUUAUUAUGCAAAUAUGGUUUUAGAUGGUAAUUAAAUAAUACAAUAGAUAUAAUAAUUAGUAGGUACAUUUUCUGAUUUUCAUAAUUCUACACCGUCUAUAUUCCCUCGUUUGCUUUUAUCGCGAAAUCCGACUUUUUAAGAUCUAUAAUGUAGUGAAAAAUAUAUUGUAAGUUAUACCAUGUGAGUUUUUGUUUUUUUUUUUGUCUCUAUUAACAACUUAUCUACAAGAAAUUUUAUUCUGAUUAUCGAAUGUAGGAAAUAUAUUUUUUUAGAAGCAAAUUUUUUCUAGUUAGUUUAUUGAGGUCAUUUUUCGAUUUUCCUAGAAGUUUUAUUAAUAAUUAGACUACGCUACGCACCGGGUCUAAUAAUUGAGAAAAAAACUCUUAAGAAAAACUGCAAAAUUUACGGAAUAGCAGUUUCCAUUAUUUUCGAUUUGGUUUUUGUUUUAAUUUAAUUAGAAAUAAUUGAUAGAGACCUGACAUUUUCACAGAAUACUUUAUAUUAGCCCUUUCUAGACAAAAACAAAUUUCAAAAACAUUUCGACGAUUUUAAGAUUUUUAUAACAAUUUAAAAUGUUAAUGAUUUUAUUUGGAUAAAUUUGUUUUGGCCCAGUAAAAAUGGUCAAAAAGUUAAAACAAGGUUUACAAGUUAACAAGUUAUAAUUAGUGGUAAAAAUAAAAUUUGAAUCAUCAUGUUGCAGUUCUUUUUAUAAGCGUUCAAAAUUUUAAUUUGUAUGAAAUCAUACAAAUUGUAAUAUUUCAAAAUAUGUUUAAUAAAAUUUUACCCAGAAUCGUUUUUUGUUACCAAUGAUUUAUUAUUGUAUACAAAUAUAAAUUAAAUUACUCUCUCUCUAUAUAUAUAUAUAUAUAUAUAUACUAUUAGUUAACAGUAUCAAAUUUUUUUUUUUUUCAUUGAGUUUGGGUUUACCUAUCAAUGGUGAACAAAGCUUGAGGGGUUCAAACCUACUUUAUAGUAACAAUUUUCUUUUAAUUUGUACUUAAAUUUUAAACAACUAAUUGAUUUGGGUACAAAAUACACAGAUCAAAGUGACAUAACUUUUUUAAACUCCCCCAAAGAAAUUAUUUCCUGCGUUCACCCAUGGACUACCUUAAUAACUAAUUUUUUUAUCAAAACUAUAUAUUAUUAUUUAUUUAUGUUAUUUACUAAUUUCUAAAAUAAUAUAAUUAAUAUUUCUCAUUGUGUAUUAUACAAUCUAAAAAAAAAUUGCUUCCUGGGUGUCUACUGUCUACCUAUCUUAGAAACACUGCAGUACCUAUCUAAACAUGUGAAAUCCAUGGAAAUCUAUGUGGACAUACAUGGCCUAUAAAAAUAUCAUGUUUUUCACAUUAUUCUUUCAUAUUUUAAAAUAAAGUUAAUCUUUUCAUGUGCUAACCUAACCUGUAUAUAUUAUAGUAUUUAUUAUCAACAGUGUUUUAAUUUAAUUGUGUGACAUAUAAUUUAAUUUUAGAAACUGCUCGCAUGUACUCUAUCACUUGCACCAUUUUAAGAAAAGCGACUAAAAAUUACAAAGUACCAAACGAGUCAUUGGUGAUUGAAAAGGGACAAAAAAUCAUAAUACCAAUGUAUAACAUACACCACAAUCCUAUUUACUAUUCCAAUCCACACAUUUUCAAUCCAGAAAGAUUUUCUACAGAACAAAAACCCACACAACUGAAUGGCACUUUUAUUCCAUUUGGCGAUGGACCUCGUUUGUGUAUAGGUGGGUUAUUUAUUUUAUUUUUCUAAUUUCAAAUAUUAAAAAUUUUGGGGUUGUUGAUUUUUUAAAUUAAAACUGAUGCUUUCAGAAUUUACUUUUGUUACUAGCAUUUUUGUUUAGUAAUUUAUAUUGUUUAUAAUGAUUAAUACUUUAAUUUGUAUAGGAAAACGGUUUGCUGAAUUAGAAAUGAAAUUGGUUUUAUCAAAAAUACUGUCCCAAUAUGAAGUUUUGCCCUGUGAAAAAACAGAACAACCCAUUGACAUAAGAAGUAAAACGGGUUUCAUUUCCCCCAAAAAUGGAAUUUGGUUAAGUUUAAAACCAAUUGUAAACUAA